AUGGCAGGUGUCCGCGACCCCGCCUUCUGGCGCCGAUUUUCGAUGGCAGUGCACAUGGACGAAGAGAAGGCAAACAUGUCGGACUCGGGAUCAGCGUCUUCGUCGUCGUCCCACGGCGGAUUAAAGCAUACGGCGACAUGGCUCGAGCGGAAUCGGAAGAAGCAACGGAGAACGAUGAUCGUGGGCUGGUUAAUAGCUCUGAGUUUCCUCAUUGUUGCUGCCGCUGUGGUUCUCGUCAUUUUAUGGGUGUUAAAUGUCGGUCCGUUCAAACGCUAG